UUUUGCUUCCCCUACACACCUCUCACUCAUGCAAGCUGAGCUUGAUCUCGUCGAGCGCGUGCUCCUGCGCGUUGCAGUGUGCGAGACGGACGAGGCGCUUGGAGCCGCUUUGGGUUCGUUCCUCGCUCCCGCCAUGCUCAAGCUCGCCAGUCCGCACGAGCCAGUGCGUUCCAAGGUCAUGGAGCUGCUCACACAUGUGACGCGACGGGUCAAGAGCAAUCUCAAGGUCGCGCUGCCGUUCGACGCGCUGCUGGCACAGUACCGCGACCCGACCAUCACGGCGUUCGUCAAGAACUUUGAUAUCAUCUUUCUGGAGAUGGCCUUUGCACGGAUUGAUGACAAGCGGCGAGCUGUUGCGUUGCCUUCGCUCCUGGUUUGCCUGCCCAAUCGACCGCCGCAGCAGCAAACGGCGCUUUUGCACAUGAUUCUCGCCUGCUUGCCACAUGUUGCCAUUCCGACAGAUCCGGCAGUGCGCAGUCACGUUUUGCUUCCCUCGGCUGUCCCUGCAGAGAAUGCCAUUAUUCGACAGCUCUUGCUGGAUGCCUUUCUCGACUGCAUGUUGUUGGACGCUUCCGUCCUCACUGCUGCCGCCGCUCCCGCAUCAUCGCAGCCUGGAGCGGUCCCACCCGCUGCUGCUGCUGCUGCUGCUGCUGCUGCUGCUGCUGCUGCUGCUGCAACAACGCGACCGACGCUUCCAGGACUGAGCGCCGCCGCCCAGGCCCGAUUCACAUCCAAGCCGUCGUUUGACGCUGCAGCCCUGGCGUCGGCCAAGCCUGCCAUUCUCCGAUUUGCCAGUGAAAGCGGCUUUUUUGACGAAAACGACUGGGUUGCCAUUGUGUUGGCUGCCGCGUGCGAUCAGAAUGGCAAAGUCGCCGGCGACGCCGACCACAUCUUGCAUCAACGACUGGGCAAGGCAGACCCCGAGAGCGAAGCGGUUGUUCGUCAGCUGCUGGGCUUGUAUCUUGGCUCGCCUGCUGUUCCCGCGGCUGGCCAGCCUGCCGUGGCUGCUGCGGACGCUCGCAAGCCUGCCAAUCUCAAGCUCAAAACGCGCAUUUUGACCUACCUCCAGCGAUCUUCUACCGCCGCGUCUGUCUUCCCAGACGCGCUGCAAGUCAUCUUUGACGGCUUCUUUGGUGCUGGUGCCAGUAAUGCUCGUCUUCGCGUGUCGGCACUCCAGUUUGUCCACCUGCUUUGCGAUCGUGGUUCCGAUGCAUGUGUUCAGAUGAGCGCACCCGUGCUGGUGUUUUCGGGUUUGCUCCGUCUUCUGGACGAGCUUGGAAGCAACAGCACCAACAGUAACAGCAACAGCAGCAGCGACGCAGCGUCGAGCGGUACGGCAACACCAAUGCGAAUUGACGCCGUUUCGCCAGUGAACAGCGCACCUGGCGGCCCUGCGAUUGCCCAAUCCACGCAAGUGAACAUUGGCUACGAAGGCACCAAGAUGCGCAGCAUGGCCUACACCGCUGUGGCCAAGCUGUCCCGAAGAGUGCCCGCGCUCUUCCAGAAAGACGUGUCGGUCGUGCAGCGUUUCUUUGAGGCGCUCGAGCGGGAGGAGCCCAAUGGCCGAGUGGCUGUCCAAGAAGCCUUGUCCCUGCUGGCACCAGCCUAUGCCAACGCCACAGACACCGUGGCCGACACCCUUCGAGAACUGCUCUUCAAAUCCAUCGGCAGCUCUCUUCCUCAAGUUCGUCUUGCUGCAGUGCAUUACGCCAACUCGGCCUACCCCUUCAGCGAUGUUGCCGCGCGCUUUAUCUGCAUUAUUGCUGCAGGCGACGCGAAAGAUGAUGUUGCCGAGGAAGGCCGCCGAGGACUUCAACGCCCUUCGGCUCAGAUUGCCUCGUCUGCCUCCUCCAAAUUGCAGCGUCCUGAAUCUCGGCAGCAGCUUCCAGCCUACACAGAGGUCAUUGCGUACAUUGCGCGUCAACUUUCAGACUCAGCCAUCACCCAGCGCCACGGACUUCGAACUGACACUGGCAUGCUUCCGCUCGUCAAUGGCAGUCUUGUUGCUUGCUUAAAGUUCCUGCACAGCGUGCUCGCUUGGCACGCAGGUGUCACCCCACAGCAAGAUCAGCUGGGCGACGGGAUUCACGACAAAAUCGUUGAAGCACUGCAACAGAUUGCUCAGCCAACAACCGGGCUGGAGGGUCUGGAAGCCCUGCAGCAACACCUCGCACUGACCGAGCAAGCCCUGUCCCCCGCUGGCAAUGCCGAUCUCCACGCUGCUGCGGCCUCCACCUUGCACAAGCUCGCACUUGCGGCGCCACAGGUGGUGUUUGCGACCUUUGACGCUGCCCGACUCGACUGGCUGCUGUCGCUCACCACGUCCUCGCGCCGUGAUAUUGUCGACCCGAUCUGUGCCGUCAUUGGCCGCAUUGCAGAGCAGCUGCCACCCACUGAACGCGCCGCACUACUUGAGCGACUGCUGGAGAACGCUCAGUCCUUGGCGACUCCUGUUGUGCCUGUGGCUGGCGCUCCCGUUGUCACUGGCCUGCGUCGCGUGGAGACACAACUCGGAGCCGUGACGUCGGUCUGCCAUAUUGUGGCUAGAAGCGUUGCGUCGUGCAUUGCGAUCGGAGCAGAUCCCGCCACGUCCGAGCCUGUUCUCGCCAAGUGUUUGAGUGCUGUUGCUCAGCUGUUGCAAGCACCAGAAGGCGAUGUUCAUUCAUCCGUGAUAUUGGCCUCCAUCCACGGCCUAGGAACGAUUGGACAAGCCGGGCCGUUGCCCGUUCUGGACGACACGCAGCCGCCGGCCGCUGCAGAUGGUGCUGCCACCACUUUUCUGCAAGCGACCUCGAAGCGCGUUAUUGUGGAGCAGUUGCUCAAGUUUGUCGCCGCCUACUCACCCGCGCCAAACAACACGUCGGCAGCGAGCGAACAAGCACGGAAUCAACUCAAACUCGCUGAGGCCUCCAUCGAAGCGCUCGGAGAGAUUGUCUCUGGACACCCGUCGCUCUUCCUCGUUCCACAAAUCAUGUCAGGAUUACUCGCCAUGUCCAAGCACCCCAAUCCUGAUCUCCACUUUACUGUUGGCGAGGCGCUUGCGUGCUUUGGCGCGCGGGACAAACCCGCUCAGUCGGACUCUGCUGCCAUGGACACGACUCCAGACGGUGCGCCCAGCACCACCACCCACAUGUCAACGCUGCUCGACGAGAUCUUUUCCAAGCAAAUCCGAGGGGCAUCCAUCCGUGCUCGUCGCGCGGCCUCGAUCUGGCUGCUUUGUUUGGUCAAGUUUGCUGGUGCAGAUGCGACCUUGGCGAAGCGCUUGACAGAUCUCCAGACGGCCUUCGUCACGCUCCUGACGGAUAACGAUGACCUGACGCAGGAGGUGGCUUCCAAAGGCCUUGGUUUUGUGUACGAACUGGGCACGCCGGAAAUGAAAAAGACGCUCGUCAACUUGCUUGCAGAGCAGUUCACGGGCGGAGCAUCCGCAGCGGCCACCCGCUCGAUCGCCCAUACGGAUGUCACCCCAGAGUCGCGGCUGUUUGACGAAGGAGCAAUGGGCAAGACGCCCGAUGGCGAAUCUCUCUCGACGUACAAGGAGCUGUGCUCGCUUGCGACUGAAAUGAACCAGCCCGAUCUCGUGUACCGCUUUAUGAAUAUUGCCAACCACCACGCCGUCUGGAAUACAAAGCGCGGUGCUGCCUUUGGCUUCUCUUCGAUUCUCGCCACCGCAGCCAGCGACCAGCUUGCGCCACAUAUGGCGCAACUCGUGCCGCGCCUCUUCCGCUACCGGUUUGAUCCCAGCCCGAAGAUUCGCGAUGCCAUGACGGAAAUUUGGAAGUCUAUGGUGGGCUCGUCGGACUUGAAGUCUGUCGUGGAAACGUACCUUCGCCCGAUUUGCGACGACCUGCUCGAGUCUCUCGAAAGCAGCCAGUAUCGUGUACGCGAGUCGAGCGCGCUUGCGCUGUCCGACCUGCUGAUGAGCCGCUCGUUUGCCGAGAUUGAGACCUACUUGGUUGACUUUUGGCAUCGCUGCUUCCGCGUGCUUGACGAUGUGAAGGAGUCUGUUCGGAUUGCUGCUGCCAUCGCUUGCCGCACCUUGGCCAAGUUCACGCUUCGGGUCUGUGACCCGAGCUUGACAAGCGACCCAGGCUCUGCCUCUUCAAGCAGUGUGCAGCGCGCCGUGAACCUCAUGAUUCCGUACUACCUCAAGCAGGGAAUUGUGAGCAGCGUCGAAGAUGUCCGCAAAAUCAGCCUGGCUUGCCUGUUGCAAAUUGCAAAGGUGGCCGACAAGUAUCUCCGACCGCACGUUGUGGAGCUCACCGUCGUGUUGCUCGAAUCGCUGAGCUCGCUCGAGCCGCAGAUGCUCAAUUAUUUGACCUUCCACGUCGAUGCCGCGGCCAAGGGCGACAGCAACUCGGCGUCCUCCUCGUCCUCCUCUUCCAACUCGGGAGGCUUGACGCUGGAGACGCUGGACACUGUGCGAUUGGCUGCCUCCAAGUCGUCGCCCAUGAUGGAGACGGUCGAAAGAUGCAUUCCAUUCAUCGAUGUCGAGACAAUGGGCCAGCUGGUGCCUCGCUUGUGCGAGCUGAUUCGCCAUGGUGUGGGCCUCCAGACCCGAGCUGGAUGCGCGCGCUAUGCAUCGUUGCUUGCCUCCAACAAGCCGCGCGAGCUGGCACCCUUGUCCGGAAAUGUGCUCAAGGCCAUGCUUGCUGCCCUUUCUGAUCGGAACAUUAGCGCUCGUCGUGCCUACGCCACUGCGAUUGGCAACGUUGUGAAGGCCGCCCACAUGCAGUCGCUUGCGAUGGAAUUGAGCACUCGAACUGGCGCUUCCUCGUCAAGCAGCAGCAGCACCAGCAGUAGUAGCAGCAGCAGCGGAAACGCGCAGGAUCCCCUCGAGCGAGUUGUCGCCGCCGUCAAGACGCUCUAUCUCGAGAAGGAUGACGAUGACGCGCGCCUCACUGCUGCUCUGAUUGUGCAGGCCAUGGCACGUCAGUCUCCCGACGUUUUGCGCGACGUGGCCUCCGAUCUCAUGCCUGUGACGUUCCUGGGCAUCCACGAUCCCGUCGAAGAGGUCGCGACCACCUGGAGAGAGGCCUGGGAAGAGACCGUUCCCGGGACAGAGGGCGGCUUGCGCUUGUAUGGCGCCGAGAUUGUGCACCUGCUCGUCGGAUCGACUGUUGUCAUGUCUUCCACCUCGUCCACCACUGCUGUGACUGUGGGUCUUACGUCCUCUUCCUGGCGCAUCAAAAAGCAAUCCGCUGUUGCCCUCACAACCGUGGCAGAGAAGGGCGGCGAGCGGCUUGCCGCCAACCUCAUCGAUCCCGCGCUCGUUGGACUUGUUGGGGCGGCCGCUGGUCGGACAUGGGAUGGCAAGGAAGCCGUUCUCAAGGCUCUUUGCGGAUUUGUAGUGUCCAACCACGCAACGCUCAAGCAGCGCGAGGAGUCGGUGGGUCAGGGCGGUCUUGGUGGGGCACCGCCUGUUACAAUCCAGCAAAUCGUGGACAUUCUGUUCCGAGAGGCGAAUAAAGUUCGCCGCGAUUACCGUCGUGUUGCCGUCCAGCAGCUCGCCUUGACACUGCAAGCGCUUCGUACCCACCACCGCUACCCGCAGUUUGUGGAAUUAGCCCAAGCUGUCCUCGCGCCACAAGAAGAAGCUGAAGACGACGACGAGCCAAACGCCAAACCGUUGCUACUUUUGCUUCAUGCUGUGACUCUGGAGGGUCUGGGCCAAGCAUGUCCUCAUACGAUUGAAGCAAUCGCCUCCGCUUCUUCCGUUUUGCCAACGUUGGUCCAGUUUGCUGCGUUGACCAGUGUCUGGAAUGUGCGCUUGGCGGCACUCAAGGGACUUGAGCAGUACAUUGCAAAGGCCUUCACGAAUGCGCAGUCACUCGCGGCCGUCUCGCAAGAGACCAUUCGGUCGAUUGUUGAAGUGACGGCUGCAAGUCUUAAUGACAUGAAGUUUGCAUCUCUGCGUCUCGCCGCUGUCUGCGUCGCCGAGUCGGUGGUCACUUGCGCGCGCCCAAUUCUUUCUGCCUCGGAUGCCUCUGUCAUUCGCAGCAAACUGACUGCGCUCAAGUCCGAUCUCGAUGCCAAUGUGAAGAGCAAGACGAAUGCCGUCUUGCUUUUGAUGCAAGGCCUGUAAUGGUUUUGUGGAUGUGUUGGGCUUUUUUGGUUUUCGUUGUUCGUUGUUCGUUUGUGUUUUUUGGCCGAUGAUUCGACAUUGUCGAAUGAAUGUAUGUGCUUUUGUUGG